AGCCUAAUCUGAGUUGAACCAAGGGUGGGGGUUAACUUGGGUGACCCGAAUAUUUCAGAAUUCUUCACACUCACUGGGCCAGGAAUUGGAUCGCUUCUGGUCCUAUUAAAUAAGUAACAACACCCACUCUGUGUACGAGUGAAAGAGAGACGAAAGAGUGACUGACUUUACGAGGAAAAAAUGAGGUUCCGACAUUCCGUUCCUAUUCUUCUCUUCUUCCUCUUCGUUUCGGCAUUAGUUUGUGCGAAGAAAACCGGGGAUGUGACGGAGUUGCAAAUUGGCGUGAAGCAUAAACCAGCAACAUGUGAAGUUCAGGCACACAAAGGAGAUAAAGUCAAAGUACACUAUCGGGGAAAACUCACCGAUGGAACUGUGUUUGAUUCUAGCUUUGAAAGAAAUAAUCCAAUUGAUUUUGAGCUUGGUAGUGGUCAAGUGAUCAAAGGGUGGGACCAGGGUUUAUUGGGAAUGUGUCUUGGUGAGAAGCGGAAGCUGAAAAUACCAGCAAAACUUGGUUAUGGAGAGCAGGGUUCCCCACCCACUAUUCCAGGUGGUGCAACACUUAUAUUUGACACUGAGCUUGUGGGAGUGAACGACAAAAGUUUAAACGAAGAAAAACAAAACUCCGAACUGUAGACCAAUCAAAAGAAAUUGAAAGUUCGACUUUUUGAUAUCUUGUUAGCUUUUUUUUUUGUUCCUCAAUAAUGCUUUUACGACCAAGGUUUCACUGUUUAAUUAUGAUGCAAAUUUAGAAAGAUUAAGUUGGUGUACCCUAUCAUUUGAAUUCAUCUCUACCUAGUAUUUAUUAACAGAUUAAGGGCAUGUUUGAAGAA